AUGAGUAGUUCUGAUAGUGGAGACGUUGAAACAGACAUCGUGACCUCUGAGAGCAGAAAAACUGAAUUUAACGGGUUUUUAAAGACUCUGUCCACAUUUACUGGAGAUAUUUAUAGUUUGACAUGUCCAAGUUUCUUAUUAUCUGGUGUUUCCACUCUAGAAUAUGGACAAUAUUGGGCAGAUUAUCCAGAACUUUUUGCCGAUAUUUCUAAACCAAGUAUAGAAGUUGACAGGGCUAUUAAUGUUUUCAGAUGGUAUGUAAGCACAUUGUACGGAUCAUUUUCUUCACGUAAAGAUAAAGAAAAAAUUGAGAAGAAGCCAUUUAAUCCUAUACUUGGCGAACAAUUUUUUGCAAAAUGGAAUGAUAUAAAUGGAUGUGGCGAAACUAGUUUGUUUUCAGAACAAGUUAGUCAUCAUCCACCUGUUUCAGCCUUUUAUUUAGAAAAUAAAAAGGCUGGAGUGUCAGCAAAUGGUCAUACUGGACAAAAAAGUCAAUUCAGACCUACUGCAGCACGUAUUGAUGUAAUACAAGUUGGACAUAUACUAAUUCGUCUAAGAGAUCACCCUGAACAUUAUUUGAUAACUCUUCCAUCUUUACAAAUUCUUGGAUUAUGGAGAGGUGCACCAUAUGUAGAAUUAAGUGGAACAAGUGUAAUACAAUCAGAAAAUUAUAAGAUCAUUAUUGAGUUUAGCGGGAAGGGAUGGCUAUCAGGUGAAAAGCAUAGCUUUAAUGGAGUAGUGCGUCGUAAUGGAUCCAAAGAACCAUUAUAUGUAGCAACAGGCACAUGGUCAGGUCGAUCUAGUUUAGAGAAAGUGGACACAAAAGAAAAAUCAACGUUUCUCGAUGUUGAAAAUUCUAAAAGAGCAACUCCGAUCGUAGCUCCAAUAGACGAGCAAGGUGAUUUAGAAAGUAGGAAAUUAUGGAGAUAUGUAGCUAAAGCUAUAAAUGAAGGUGAUUUUGCUACUGCUUCAAAAUUAAAGAGUGAGAUUGAACAAAGACAACGUGAUAAAGUUAAAAAUGGAGUUAAAGUCGAGCUUCAAUAUUUUGAAUGGAAUGACAAUGACCAAUUGUUUUUUAGUUUAGACAAAUUGAUUGAUAAUAAAUAUCAAUUGGACGAUAAAUAUAAAGAAAAGGAACUUGUUCAUGAACCAUUAAGUAAUAAUACAACUUCUAGCACCAUGAAUGAUACAAAUAACAUUGUUAUAAUAGACGAUAAUAAUAAAUUAAAUGAAGCGAUCCGUGAUAUAAAAGGUGAUCCAGAAGCUAACAAAGACGAAAAAAUAAUAUUAUCGGCGUUUGCGGUAUUUUUAGCAGCUUUAGAUCAAACAAUUGUUUCGACAGCAUUACCUGCAAUAGCUUCAGAAUUUAAAGCAUUAGAUCAAAUCGCUUGGGUUGCAACAGCUUAUCUACUAACAAUGACUGCUCUUCAAACAACUUAUGGAAAACUUUCAGACAUUUUUGGUCGUAAAUCAACGUUUUUAUUUUCAAUAAUAAUAUUUGAGAUUGCCAGUUUAUUGUGUGGAUUGGCGCCAAAUAUGGAAGCAAUGAUAAUAUUUCGUGCACUUGGUGGAAUUGGUGGUGGUGGUAUUAUAAGUCUUGUCAUAAUAAUUAUUUCUGAAAUUGUUCCAACACAAGAUCGUGGUAAAUAUCAAGGAUUGAUUGGUGCAUGUUUUGGUAUUGCUUCCGUUGUUGGUCCUUUGUUAGGAGGUGCUUUUACGGACCACGUGACUUGGAGGUGGGCAUUUUAUAUUAACUUACCACUUGGAGUUAUAACAAUUGUAACUGUUGUAGCAUUUUUGAAGUUACCAGGACCAACCGGAUCAUUACUAGCCAAAUUAAAAAGAGUCGAUUAUUAUGGCACAGUGAUGAUAAUGGUUGCUACAAUUUUACUAUUAUUGUCAUUGAGUUGGGGUGGUAGUCAAUAUGCUUGGAAUUCUGCUAUAAUAAUAUCGCUAUUAUGUGUUGGGGCUUUAUGUUUUAUUGCUUUUGGAUUAAUCGAAUCGAAGAUUGCACUUGAACCUGUUGCACCACCCCAUUUAUUUAAGAACUUAAAUAUUGUUGCAAGCUUUGCAGUAAAUUUCUUUCAUGGAAUGGUAUUUUUUGGCUUUAUAUAUUAUGUUCCGCUUUAUUUCCAAAUUGUAAAGGGUGAAUCAGCUACUGCAUCAGGGUUAGAAUUACUUCCUUAUAUAUUAGGAGUUGUGUUUGCAUCUAUAACGAUAGGACAAUUAGUAUCACGAACAAACGUAUUUUCUUUUAGAACAAUUUGUAUGUUUGGAGCUGUCUUGAUUAUUGUAGGAUCAGGAUUAAUUACUACAUGGACAGAAACUACUGAACGUGGACCACAAAUUGGAUAUAUGUUAAUUGCUGGUUUUGGCGUUGGAUCAAUUAUACAAACUACAAUAUUAUUUGGUCAACAGGUUGUAUCUAUAAAAGAUUUAGCACCCACUACUGCUUUAUUGUUAUUCUUUAGAUUUAUUGGAGCUGUAUUUGGUGUAGCAGUUAUUGGUACAAUAUUUCAAAAUAAAUUGGAGGAAAACGUUGAUGCACUUAAUUUGCCACCAGAUGUUCCAGUAGAUUUAAUAAAACGAUCUGUUGAAUUUAUCUUACAUUUACCUGAUCCAAUACGAGGACUGGUAAUAAGUGCUUAUGUCAGAGCAUUACAUGUAGCUUUUAUCGCAAUUGUACCACUUGGUGGUGCUAUACUUAUUUCUUCCUCAUUUUUGGGAGGUCAUAAACCGAUAAUAAGUGAUGGUAAACUUGGUGAAAUGGCUCUUUAA